UAUUUUUAAAGUUGCCUUAAAAAACUGGGAUAUCUAAAAAAAAAAAGUAAAAGUCCUAAAAAAAAAUAUGGGAAUGUUUGGUCUUACAAUCAUAGGACAGUCAAGUAUAGGGUUAUUACCUUCUUCAACCCACAAAGACUCCUCCAACCCAAAUCAUCACCCUCUUCAAAUUCAACCUUUUCAAUUAAAAUCAAAAAGUGGGUCGAAUUUUUUUCAAUUAAAAACCAAGAAAAACCCAUAUUUUUGCAUAGUUAAGGCAUCAACAGAGGGCACAAGCAUGUCAACUACAAUCGAGAAAUUGGGUGUUAAAAUUGAAAGGAACCCUCCUGAGUCUAGGCUCUCUGAGCUCGGUGUUCGUGAUUGGCCUAAGUGGGGUUGUGCUCCUAGUAAGUUUCCUUGGACUUAUGAAGCAAAGGAGACUUGCUUUCUGUUGAAAGGAAAGGUGAAGGUUUAUCCUGAUGGUUCCAGCGAAGCUGUUGAGUUUGGAGCUGGUGAUUUGGUGGUGUUCCCAAAAGGUAUGAAGUGUACAUGGGAUGUCUCAGAAACUGUUGAUAAGCAUUACAACUUUGAGUGAGCUUACAGAUACAAGCCUGUGAGACUGUAUGCAAAUCCUUUCUAAGCCUCUACAUAGAAGGUAUCUUGUAUACCCUGAUUAUACUAUCGUCAUGUUGCUCAAUAAUCAUGUUAAGACUGCUCUAGUUGCUUUGGAAGUAAUUGAGAUCAGUUAAACUAUUUGUAUUAUUCUGUUAUUAUGAUGAUGUCCCAAAUCUUUUCAUCCUUUUCUAAACGAAUAAAAUGAUGAAACUUCUCCCUCUUCUCUAGAUAA